GCGCCCCGCCCCGGGUUCGGAUGGUCGCCAGGGGACGCUCGCGGGUCGGGUCUCCCUGGCAACCCGCCGCUCCGCCCCUCCACCCCUUUAACCUUUAGGCUGCGCGGUUCCGGGUCCCUCUCCGUCCCUGUCCCUUCCCUCCCCUCCCCUUUGGGCCUGUCGGGACCGGAAGCGAAGAUGGCGGCGGCCGCGGCCGAGCUGGUGAUCGGCUGGUGCAUCUUCGGCCUCUUGCUCCUGGCUAUUUUGGCGUUUUGCUGGAUCUACGUCCGCAAAUACCAGAGUCGGCGGGAAAGUGAAGUUGUCUCCACUGUGACGGCCAUUUUUUCUCUGGCAGUUGCACUCAUCACGUCAGCACUUCUGCCAGUGGAUAUAUUUUUGGUUUCUUACAUGAAAAAUCAAAAUGGUACAUUUAAGGAGUGGGCUAAUGCCAACGUCAGCGUGCAGAUAGAGGACACCGUUCUGUAUGGCUACUACACUUUGUACUCCGUCAUACUCUUCUGUGUGUUCUUCUGGAUCCCCUUUGUCUACUUCUACUAUGAGGAGAAGGACGAUGACGACACCAGUAAAUGCACUCAAAUUAAAACGGCGCUCAAGUACACUUUGGGAUUCGUUGUGAUUUGCGCACUUCUUCUUCUCGUUGGUGCUUUUGUGCCACUGAAUCUUCCUAGCAACAAAAAUUCUACAGAGUGGGAAAAGGUGAAGUUCCUGUUUGAAGAACUUGGAAGUAGUCAUGGCUUAGCUGCGCUGUCAUUUUCCAUUAGCUCCCUGACCUUGAUUGGAAUGCUGGCAGCCAUCACAUACACGGCGUAUGGCAUGUCAGCCUUACCUUUAAACCUGAUAAAAGGCACUAGAAAUGCUGCUUAUGAACGCUUGGAAAACACUGAAGACAUUGAGGAGGUGGAGCAGCACAUUCAAGCCAUUCGAUCAAAAAGCAAAGAUGGUCGGCCUUUGCCUGCGAGGGAUAGACGUACCUUAAAGCAGUGUGAAGAAAGAUUACGGACGCUUAGGAAAAGAGACCGGCACUUAGAAUUCAUUGAAAACAGCUGGUGGACGAAAUUUUGUGGUGCCCUGCGCCCCCUGAAGAUCAUUUGGGGAAUAUUUUUCAUCUUAGUUGCAUUGCUGUUUGUAAUUUCUCUCUUCCUGUCAAAUUUAGAUAAAGCUCUUCAUUCAGCUGGAAUAGAUUCUGGUUUCAUCAUCUUUGGAACUAACCUGAGUAAUCCAUUGAACAUGCUUUUGCCUUUGCUACAAACAGUGUUCCCUCUUGAUUAUAUUCUUAUAACAAUUAUUAUUAUGUACUUUAUUUUUACUUCGAUGGCAGGAAUUCGAAAUAUUGGCAUAUGGUUCUUUUGGAUUAGAUUAUAUAAGAUCAGAAGAGGACGAACCAGGCCUCAGGCACUCUUAUUUCUGUGCAUGAUACUUCUGCUAAUUGUCCUUCAUACCAGCUACAUGAUCUAUAGUCUUGCUCCUCAGUACGUUAUGUAUGGAAGCCAAAAUUACAUAAUAGAGAGCAAUAUAACUUCUGAUGUCCAUAAAGACAAUUCAACCCUUCCUGUGCCAAAAAGAUGUGAUGCAGAUGCCCCUGAAGAUCAAUGUACUGUUACCCGCACAUACUUAUUCCUCCACAAGUUCUGGUUCUUCAGUGCUGCAUACUAUUUUGGUAACUGGGCUUUUCUUGGGGUAUUCUUGAUUGGAUUAAUUGUCUCCUGCUGUAAAGGGAAGAAGUCAGUCAUUGAAGGAGUGGAUGAUGAUUCAGACAUGAGUGAUGACGAGCCGUCUACCUACUCCGUGUGAACAGCCUUCUGCUCUAAGGGCUUCGUGAAGCUGGCUGAAUAUGUGUUAUGCAUUUUCAACGUUUUCAAGUAACAUUAGGAUGAACUGUCUAGCUUUCAUCAAAAAUGAGAGCAUGGCCAUUAAAAAGAACUAUAUUUUUUAUGUUUUCUGAAGUAACAUUAUUGUAUCAUAGAUUAACACAAAAUUGCUAUAAUAAGACUAUGUAAAUACCAUAUUUCCAGGUUUGUGAGGGAAUGUUUGUGGAAAUUUUCUUUAUUGUAUAAUAGUGUUAAGUUUAUUAAAAUCUUGCAGAAUUUA